UAAUAUACAUUAAAGAAAAAAAUAACUUAAAACGUUAUGGAUAACUUGAAAUUAGCUUCUGGAGAUAAUAAUACUCUUAUUAGGUCCACGGAGAGCAACGAAUUGCAUUUAAAAAGCAUACUAGAUGAAUCUAUUGCUGAAAAAUCAUCAGAUGUUAUUGAAACAAGUGUAGAACAAUUAGACAACUCUAUACGAACGAUAGAUAACAAUGAGUCAAAAUUAAAAGAAAGAAUCGCACAAUGUAAGGAUAUAUUAACUUCCUUAAAGCUAGAACUCAAUGAAGAAAAAAUGAAACUGUCUAAAGAAGGAAAAAGUUCAUCAUCGCCAUGUGUUGAACCUUUAUCAAAAUUAUCUUAUAUUCACAAUAAUGACGAACAAACUAACGAUUUAUUGCUUACAACAAAUACAUAUACAGCUUCUGUAGAUAGUAAGCUUAACUGUGAUGAAAAUUUAUUGGAGUAUGAAAGACAAUUACAAAAGUAUCAAAAUACACUUAAUAUGGCACAGAUUGAAAAGAAAAAUGCUAUCAGAAAACAAAUGCUGGCAAAAGCGUUUAAGUUAAAACUUUUAGAAGUUGAAAACCAAUGUAAUAUCGAACUUAUAAGAAUAAAGCAAAGUUUGCAAUGUCUGGAACCGUUGAAGCUAAUUACAGAAAAGUGGAAGAGUAAAAACAAUGACAAUAUGUAUGAUACAUUUGAGUUAAUUCCUAGGUACCCUGAACUUGGUACACCUUCCGAAAGCGACGCAUCUAGUACUUCUAUUGUCGAUGAUAGUCAUAAUAAAUUACCAGUUUAAAUUAUAAAGUGUCAAUAAAUAUUCACCAACUGUAAUAAAAUAUUUUUACCAAUCUUCUGAUACCAUACCAUGA